UUAGGUUAUGUAAUUGGGGAUCGCAGAGAGAAAGAAAGAAGGAAAGAAAGAGAGAGGAGGAAUGACGAGAUUCUCGUUAGGCGGAGAUGAAGAUGGAGAAGGACCGAGCAGCCCCAGGCAGAAGAGACGUCGUCUUGUUCUUCGGACAGCUGCUACUGUCGCCAUAGGGGAACGACGAGGAGGUGGGCUACAGGCUGUUGAGGACGAAUCAUCAUCGGAAACAGAAGAAGAAGAGGAAGAAGAAGAAGAAAGUGAUUCAGAAGAAGAAGAAGAAACUGAAGGUGAUGAAUUCGUAAUACACGAGUCGCCGAGGACCAGCAUCGAAUUGGGUUCUGCCUCGGCUGCUCAAGAGACUGCUCUUGCUUCCACCACGGAUAGGUCUAUUUCCAUCACCUUGACCGACCCCGAUGUGCUUGAUUGUCCCAUUUGCUGUGAAUCCUUGACCGUCCCCGUCUUCCAGUGUGAAAAUGGUCAUAUAGCUUGCUCCUCCUGCAGCACGAAGAUUAAAAAUAAAUGUCCUUCAUGUUCCUGGCCCAUUGGUUAUAAUCGUUGUCGUGCCAUUGAGAAAGUUCUAGAAUCAAUUAGAAUGUCAUGCCAAAACAUCAAGUAUGGUUGCAAAGAAUGGAUGACGUGCAAUAAUAAAAAUGAACAUGAAAAGGCAUGUAUGCAUUCACCUUGUUCAUGCCCUCAUUCAGGCUGCAACUUUGUCUCUUCAACGAAGAAGUUAUACCAACAUUUCAGCAGUAAUCAUUUGAACUCUGCAACACGUUUCCUGUACAACAGCAGCUUUUCAAUUACAAUCAACUUUAAUGACAAAUUUCUUGUUCUUCAAGAACAGAAUGAUGGCAUAUUAUUUAUCCUUGACAACACAACUGAAAUUCUAGGAAAUAUGGUGAGGCUUAGUUGUAUUCAACCUAGAUUUAUGGGAGGCUUUUUCUAUGAUCUUACUGCUAAAACCAAGGGAUGUUUACUCAGAUUACAGUCCUUCACAAACAGUACUCCAAGCCAUUGUCAUAGCCCUACUUCAUCUUGCUCCCUUAUAAUCCCAGGUGAUUUUUUCAGUUCUUGUGGCCAGCUCAAGAUGGAUAUCUGCAUAUGGCGUAAUGGUCAGUUCCCUCCGUCCUUCCAAUCUAUCAAUCUUACUUAAAUGAGUUCUUCUAUCAAUUCUGUAUUGUGCUGGAAAUUACAGUAAACUGUUGGAUCCACUCUUUUAACAUAUGUAUCAAUAGAUGCCUUCCAUUUCAAUUGAUUUAAUAUCUUGUUAUUUUGCACUGUGCUAUGAAUGUAUAUUGCUGAAUAGAGCAACAUCUUUCAUCUUA